AUGGUGUUCAAGGGAUACUUGAACAAUCCAGACUCUGGGGACUUGGCAGUUUGGCAUCCCAAUGGAUACAUCAAGAUCAAGGAUCGAGCCAAGGAUAUUAUCAUUUCUGGAGGAGAGAACAAUAGCAGCCUGGAAGUGGAGAGCAUCUUGUACAGGCAUCCAGCAGUGUUGGAAGCUGCUGUGGUGGCGCAGCCAGAUGAGCAGUGGUCCAUGUGCGUUUGUGUCCCUCAAGCACAGCGUGAGUCUCCAUGUGCGUUUGUGUCCCUCAAGCACGGCGUGAGAAGCAACAAGGAGGAGAUACUCUUGUCGUAUCGACAGCAUUUACCGAAGUUCAUGGUGCCAAAGAGCAUCGUCAUUCUCACAGCCUUGGACAAAACUGCAACUGGCAAGAUCCAAAAACAGGUGCUGUGCAGCAAAGCAAGAGCUCUUGGCAGUGUCAAGUAAAUCAGCAAGCUCUACAAGCCAACUAUUGAACUUGUAAAGCUUGAAAUCGUUCAUGGCCUGGAAAAUCCCC